CUCGUCAGUAGGUAUAAUUGUUGUGUAUGUCUGAAAUUGAAUCGGAAAUGAUCUACAAGAAGUUACGUCUUUAUGGACUUUUUAGGAAUUUGGAGCAAGCUUAAACGAUAUGUAGACAUUGUUUGGACAAUUUAUCAAAUAGGUGGUGUGCAAUGCAUGCAGUUUUUGAGUUAAAAAAUAAAUCGAUAUUAAUUAAUAAAUGAAAGUUGAAUAACACAUUUGACAUGUUUUUGUGUCAUUUAUCCGUUGUCCUCUUUAUUUGUGUUUGUCCAGAAAUGACCGAUGAAUGGAAUCCAGCUAAGCAAUUUGCCACGUCAGAUUAAUAUUGGACGCACACACUAUCAUCAAAUACACUGACACACAUAGGAUACGAUACGUCCUCCAACCGGGAAAAUUGUCUUUUCCUGUGUUCACUUAAUCUCCACCGUCCGAUCUCUGCCAUACACAGCAACCACUAUCUUUUACAACAUACCACCUUGUAAAUUUGUUUUUUUGACACAAUUCCCCCUUAUAAAAUAGUCAAUUUUUUUAACAAACCAAACCUCCAAUUAAAUCUCAUAAUCAAUUAAUUAUGAACUUUCAAAAGAUUCAACCACUCAAAUUCAUUAAAUUUUGAAGUAAAAUAGUUAAUGAAGUGAUCAUUUUAGUUUCGAAUAGUCCAUCAAAAGGGUUGUUUUGAAGUUGCCAACAAAAUUGAAGGGUUGAUCUUGCAAUUCUGCAAUCUAAUAGCCCCUUCUCUUCUGUCGCACAGGCACGGCCUCGCUGUUUGGUGUUUUCUAUGUGUCUUCCUGACGCAGACCUUCCAUUACUGACCGACCUUCAAUGGCUAUGUGAAGCUUUGAUCACAACUGGAUCCCCCAAAUGGGUUCUUGAAUGGUUGUUUCAAGAUUUAUUUUUAGGGUUUCCAUCAAGAUCAUAACAAAUGGUUGUCAACGUCUUCAUCUUUCUUCUACUUCUUCCUUUGGCUGUUUCGGCUGACCAAGAUGCAUUUGUAGGUGUGAACAUUGGCACCGCCCUCUCCGACAUGCCAAACCCAACUCAAGUUGCCGUCCUCCUCAAAUCUCAGCAAAUCCGCCAUGUCCGCCUCUACGAUGCCGAUCCGGCCAUGCUUUUUGCUCUUGCCGGCAGCGGAAUUCAAGUUACUGUUACUGUUCCAAACCAGCAGAUUCUCGCCGUCGGCCAAUCCAACGCCACUGCCGCCAAUUGGGUGUCUCGCAACAUCCUUCCUUACGUCUCCACCACCAACAUCACCGCCAUUUCAGUUGGUUCUGAAGUUCUCACCACCAUCCCCAACGCCGCAACCGUUUUAGUAUCCGCCAUGAAAUACAUUCACUCCGCCCUCAUGUCCGCCGGAUUAGACUCCAAAAUCAAAGUCUCCACCGCCCACUCUUCCUCCAUCAUUCUCGACUCCUUCCCGCCGUCUCAAGCCUUCUUCAACCGGACGGUUGAGCCGGUCAUGGUCCAGUUGCUGGAAUUCCUCCGCUCCACCGGAUCGUACCUCAUGCUUAACGUCUACCCGUAUUACGAUUACAUGCAAUCCAACGGUGUAAUCCCGUUGGAUUACGCUCUCUUCCGCCCUCUGCCACCGGAUAAAGAAGCCAUCGAUCUCAACACUCUUUUGCAUUACACAAACGUCUUCGAUGCUGUGGUGGAUGCAGCUUACUUUGCAAUGUUGUAUUUAAACUAUACAAACAUUCCGGUCGUCGUCACGGAAUCCGGCUGGCCCUCAAAAGGUGAUUCCUCCCAGCCGGACGCCACUCUCGAUAAUGCCAAUACUUACAACAGCAACUUAAUCCGGCAUGUUCUGAACAAUACCGGAACUCCAAAACAUCCAGGUGUAGCCAUCAGUACUUACAUUUACGAGCUGUAUAACGAAGAUUUGAAACCUGGGUUGGUGUCGGAGAAGAACUGGGGGCUUUUCAACGCCGAUGGGAGACCCAUUUACGUGCUACACUUGAUGGAUUCGGGAUCGGUGCUGACGAAUGACACCGCCGGUCAAACUUACUGUGUGGCGAAGAAUGAUGCCGACAAGAAAAUGCUGCAGGCGGCAUUGGAUUGGGCUUGUGGACCUGGGAAGGUCAAUUGUUCGAUGAUGUUGCAGGGUGAACCAUGUUACCUGCCGGAUACGGUGGCGGCACACGCCACUUACGCCUUUGAUGCGUAUUACCACCAGAUGGCAAUGGCGGAUGGGACCUGCGAUUUCAAUGGGGUGGCCACCGUCACCACUACAGACCCAAGUCGUGAUGGUUGUACGUUUCCCGGAAGUGGUGGGAGUGGGAGUAAUGGCACCUUCAACAAUGGUACUGCAUCAUCUCUGGCUCCAUCUUCGAAUUCGACCACAUCUGGAAGCCCAUUGCUAUUCGGUUCUGUUUCUUUUUUGAAAUUUAGUGGUAUUUUACUCUGGAGUUCGGCAUUCUUGUGAAUUCUGAUUAAGAAUCUGUUUCUGAUCAAUGAGGACCUGGUUUUGUAUGUAAAGCGUAGAGGAUGACAACUAUGGCUGUUUGAAAUUCAGAAAACAAGCCGCUUCUGAAGCAUGUAGCUUAAUGAUUUAGUUUGUACAAACAAGCACAAAGUGGAAUGAAACUAGUUGCUACUAAAGUAACAUUCAUUUGACUA